AUGGGAAGCGCAUAGUGCUGCACCAAAUAGUAAUUAGAAGAAAAGGAAACUGAAAUUUAAAUAAAAUAAGAUGCUAUUAUGAAAUAAUCAGGAACCUAAUAAGACAAUCCAUUACCCAAAAAGAAAUUAUCAUCUCGAAAAAGUAGUCCAGAUGAACCAGGAACCCCAGGGUUUGCAGAUCUCAGAUCUCAAUAGAGCAAAAAGUCUGAGCAACAUCAAUCUCAUUCAUAAAAAGAAAUAUAAUUAAUUGGGUAGUUGGAAAAACACGAUAGUCCUUUUAAAUCAUAAACUUCUAUUGGAAAAAGAAAGAACGAUUCCCCUGUUUGCAAUUUUGAAGCUACUAAUAAAUUAAAAUCCUUAGACAGUAAUCGUUUAAAGAAAAUACAAACAUUUGAGGAAAAAUUGAAUAGCAGAGAUCUAUCGCCAAUAGAAGAUGAUGGAAUGUUGGAUAGCUAGAGAAGCAAAUAGGCAGAUGAAAAGUCUGUGAAGAGCAUAUUGAAAUAAGAAUUAAAGUACAGUAAGUUUAGAAAACAGGACACAACCUUUGAUGCUGGGUAACGAAAAGUUUAAUUUUGCAUUGAAUGA